AUGAAAGUGGUGCUCAGCAGCCGCAAAGCUGGUCCUGCCAGAGCCCAAGCCAGCUGCCCGCACCCCAACCCCUCGGACAAGGAGCCACCAGCUGCCCGCACCCAGCCCCUUGGCCAAGGAGCCACCCACCAGCUGCCCGCACCCAGCCCCUCGGACAAGGAGCCACCAGCCGCCCGCACCCAGCCCCUCGGCCAGGCCUGCCCCCGAAGCCCCAUGAAGCUCACAGUCUUGUUCUGCUGGAGCACCCUGUGGUUGCUUCUUGAAGCCACAGCUGCCCAGGCCCUGCCCCACCGUUUCCUGCUCCAGUGCCUGGAGCAAGUGAGGAAGAUCCAGGCCCAGGGCUGGGAGCUGCGGGGGAAGCUGUGUGCCUCCUACCAGCUGUGCCACCCCGAGGAGCUGGUGCUGCUAGGACAGUCUCUGGGCAUCCCCCAGGCCCGGCCGAGCAGCUGCUCCAGCAAAGCCCUGCAGCCGACGGGCUGCCUGGGUCCCCUGCACAGAGGCCUCUUCCUCUACCAGGGCCUCCUGCAGGCCCUGGCCGGCAUCACCCCCGAGCUGGCGUCCACCGUGGACCUGCUGCAGCUGGACGUCGCCGACUUUGCCACCAAUGUGUGGCGGCAGAUGGAGGACAUGGGGGUGGCGCCGAGCGUGCAGCCCGCACAGGGCCCCAUGCCGACCUUCACCUCCGCCUUCCAGCGCCGGGCGGGGGGCGUCCUGGUGACCUCCAGCCUGCAGACCUUCCUGGAACACGCGUCCAGGCUGCUGCGAGGCCUGGCCCAGCCCUGA